CUAAAUUCUCCAAAAUCACACACACUCACAGGACCCAUCUUUACUUCGGAGGAGAAAGUGAGAAAACGGUAAGAUUGGCCAGAGAUGUCUUCCGUUGCAGCUAGGGUUCUCAGGGGAUGCAGAUCGCUUCUGGCUCCUGCAUCUCGAGCCACCUCUUAUGUGGUCUCUUCUUCGAGAAGUGUAAGCACGGCCACAGCUGGAGCCACCAAGAAGUCGGCGGCGAAAUCGAAGUCUAAACCUAAGCCAAAGACGAAAUCAGACUCUCCGGCGAAGAAGACGCCAAGGUCCACCGGAAUCUUCAAGGCGACUCCUGUGUCUCCAGCUCUCGCUCAGUUCCUUGGUACCGGUGAAACUACACGUACCGACGCGGUCAAGGAGAUUUGGUCCUAUGUCAAGUCUCAUGAUCUUCAGAAUCCUGCUGACAAGAGGGAGAUUAUCUGCGAUGAGAAACUGAAGCAAAUCUUUGAAGGGAAAGACAAAGUCGGGUUUCUGGAGAUUACAAAGCUCUUGUCGCCGCAUUUUGUGAAGACUGCUUGACAAUUGAGCUCAACAUGGAAGCUGCUGAUAAACGUUUGUCAAUAUCUUUCAACUCUUUGCGUAUCUGUUAAAAAAGAUCUUUGACUAAUGUUGUUAGCUUGUGAAGAAAUGUUAAGCCAUAAGUUUGCAAACCCUUAAUGUUAAUCAAAAGUAAUCUAGACGCAUGGGCUUGGUCGAGCCAUGUUUUUAGUGUUAGUGUGCGUAUAUUGAUUGGAUUUUGGGAUUCUAAGUUAGCUAUGUAAAGGAUUCGUGUCUUUAUUGAUUGUGUUUGAGAAUCAUCCUUUGGUAAUUCGAUCGAAGUGAAUUGUAGUUGCAUUUGUAUGAACAUGAUAUACACAUAUAAUAAUGUCAACACUUAGAAAGCAUGG